CUUUUGGGACUGCAGUGGUUCGCGCCGCUCGGAAUUGAAGUAACGGGCGUCGACCACAUCGGGGAGGCCAACUGGGAGGAACAACUCGCAAGGGACUUCCAGGAAGUGUUCGACGGCACCCUAGGCAAGUACCGAGGGCCCCCUAUUUCGUUCAGCCUAAACCCCAACGUUCCCCCAAUACGCCUGAAACCACGGCGGGUACCAUACGCACUCCGGCCAAAAAUCGAUGAGCAAAUAGACAAGCUCAUCAAACAAGGGGUCCUCGAGCCAAUCGACCAUGCCCGGUGGGAGACCCCCAUAGUCACCCCAAUCAAGCCCGAUGGGUCAGUGAGAAUAUCCGGGGACUAUAAGGCCACCCUAAAUUGUGCAUUGCAACAGAGCGCCUACCCCAUCCCAGUAGUGCAGCACCUCCUACACUCACUGGAAACCGCCGAGGCGCAAACCAUAGUAACCCACCAGGGGGCUUUCCGCUGUAAGAGACUCCAGUUUGGAGUCAGCGUGGCCCCAGGAAUAUUCCAGAGCCUCAUGGAGAGACUCCUGCAAGAAAUCAAGGGGGUGGUACCCUACUUCGACGACGUACUGGUGUCGGCAACCAACCAAAAAGAACUGGAGGGUCGCCUGAGCGACCACAAGCCACUGCUGGGAAUCCUGGCAGGGAACAGGGCCACCCCGAACAUUCUAUCCCCAAGAAUGACAAGGUGGUCCGAAUUCCUUGCCGCCUACAGCUACCGGCUCACACACCGACCCGGUAAGACAAUCACCCACACAGACGCCCUGAGCCGCACGCCGCUACCGGACUUGGACACCGACCCAGCACCCACGACGGCCACCCUUAGCAUAGAGACUCUGCCCGAUCUACCCAUAACCGCGUCAGACAUUGCCCGUGAAACCAAUAAAGACAAACGUCUGGCGCGGGUAUUACAUUGGGUAGAGAAGGGGUGGCCCGAAAAGGACGACGACGAAACCUUCAGGACAUUCCGGAACCGGCAAACAGAACUGUCAUUACAAAAAGGUUGUUUACUUUGGGGGGACUGGGUUGUUAUUCCGGAAAAAUUACAGGGAAAGGUAUUGGAAUUGUUGCAUGAGGGGCACCCAGGCAUCGUUAGGACAAAGGCCUUGGCCAGAAGUUACGCAUGGUGGCCAGGAAUGGACAAACGAAUCGAGGCCUGGGUGGCAGCAUGCAACAGAUGCCAGGAAACCAGGCCCAGCCCUCCUGCCGCCCCAAUCCUGGAAUGGGAAACCCCUAGGGGACCAUGGUCCAGGAUUCACAUAGAUUUUGCCGGGCCCACGAAAGGCCACACUUUCCUCAUCAUGGUAGACGCUUACUCCAACUGGUUGGAGGUAAGCAGCAUGAGAACUACCACCACGGAGGCCGUCACCAAGGAACUCAGCAAACUAUUCGCAACCCACGGCCUCCCAGACAUCAUCGUAUCUGACAACGGGCCCCAAUUUACCUCGCUGGAAUUCGAAAAAUUCCUAGCGGAGUGGGGGAUACGACACGCAUUGACAGCGCCGGCACAUCCGGCGGCGAACGGGAGGGCGGAACGGAUGGUUCAAUUUACAAAAAAAAACAUCCAAAAGAUGAGAAAAUUAAGGUCCCCACUCGACAGACUG